AUGUUUGGAUAUCCUCGUGAAUUUGAGCUCUUCAACGAUGUCAUUGAUAAGAAAAUUGAAAAGGGCGGACUCAAACAUCUCGGAUCCGGAGGAUAUGGAGAUGUCUUGUUAUACACCUCAAAAGAGACCGACGUCGUCAUCAAACGUGUAAAAUCAGGACAAGGAUGCAAAAAUUUGAAGGAAUUCAAAAUUCACGAGCUGCUGAGCAAAGAUGGAAAUAAGCACAUAAUCCAGUUGUUUGACGUGCUGAAAACUCAAAAGUUUUUAUUCUUUUACUUGGAAUUUGCCGCUGGUGGUGACUUGGAGCAAAUGAUCAAGGCGAAAGGGACGCUGUCGUCUACUAUUGCCAAGGAGUACUUCACCCAGAUGAUCGAUGGAAUUCAGUUCAUGCAUGGUUUAGGAAUAGUUCAUCGAGAUCUAAAGCCAGCUAACUUGUUCUUGACAUCUGAUGGUAUUUUGAAAAUCGGAGACUUUGGUUUUGCAACCAAAUUCCGAGACGAUGAAGGAGAAAACAUGCUGGUGACCCUCUGCGGCACAGCUAAAUACUGGGCGCCGGAAGUUGAAACGUCGAAGAAACUUGUCGACGGACCACCACUCGAUAUAUGGCCAUGUGGUAUCAUUCUAAUCGAAAUGCUGACGGGAAGACGGCCAUGGGAAGCCGCCACUCUGAAAAACAUGGAGAAUUGGAUAUCAAAGGAAGAGGACAAGAACUUACCAUGGAACAAUAUUGAAGACGACGUGAUGAGUUUGCUGCGCAAAAUUCUUGUUGUUGAUCCUACAAAACGAGCGACAAUUGACGAUAUUCAAGAAGAUAAAUGGUUGAGUGGGAACAAGAAUAUCGAAAAUGGAGGAACUGCACAGCCGAAAAAGGACAGAAAGCGAAAACUUCAAGCUGUUGUGCCAAUUACAGAGGACAAUGGCAGAAAACGUCAACGAGUUCCGAAGAAGAAAUUUUCCUGUUUAGAAUGA